AUGGCUAUUACAACGAGUAUUACAGAGUCCCAGGUUCACUUUAACAAUUGGCCCAAUGACCGAGGUUUUGACGCCAACUACGAAGAGAGGUCUCCUAUAGAACUCUCCGUCACUGGCCGUAUUCCCUCUUAUGCUGCGGGUGUGCUCUAUCGCACGGGACCAGGCAAAUAUAAGGUUGACAGAGAGAAUGGGGAGACAUUUCAAGUAUCACACUGGUUCGAUGGCUUCAGCGAAACUCAUCGAUUUCAACUUCUUGCGCCAGAUACUGCCCACUCUUCCCUGAGAGUCUUCUACAAUUCCCGUUUCUCGACGGACUUCUUGAUUGAGGAAGCAAGAAAGACUGGCUGCCUUGGGAAAAUCAGCUUUGGUCAGAAGCGUGACCCUUGCAAGACAGUAUAUCAGAAGGCCCAGAGUGAGUUUAACCCUGAUCCCUCCUCAGCCAACGUCGGUGUGACGCUCUCUGUCAAUAUGCCUGGGCUUGAUAAAUCCAUGAACGAGAACCAGCAGAGUAGCGGGCGCUGGACCGGUUAUUCAGGGAUAAAAACUCUGUAUGCAAAGACAGAUUCCGCCUCUUACAAAAGGCUCAACCCGGAGACCCUUGAACCUGUCGGAUUGGCUUCACAAAAGGAUCUGCAUCCUGACCUGGAUGGGCUUUUGUCGGCAUCCCACGCGCGUUCUGAUCCUAUAACUGGAGAUGUUUAUAAUUUCAAUCUCGCUUUUGGUAAAUCUUCUACCUAUCAGGUCUUCCAUGUGUCUGCCUCAACAGGGAAAACUACAAUUCUUGCUACGUUCGAGGGAACACCUGCAUAUCUCCAUUCCUUGUUUCUCUCAAAGGACUAUGUUAUUCUCUGUGUGUGGAACUCUCACGUCAAUCCCACCAUGCUCGAGAAAGGCAGCUUCAUGGAAGCCAUCCAGCCAUUUGAUGCAUCCCAGCCUACCAAGUGGUAUGUGGUGGACCGCACCCAAGGCCAAGGGCUCGUCGCCACAUACGAGAGCCCUCCGUUCUUCUGCUUCCAUACGGUCAAUGCCUGGCAAGAACCUUCGGUAGGCGGCAACGGCGUGGACAUCGUAGCAGAACUCGUUAGAUUCGAUAACACCGAUGUGUUGCAUGCUUUAUACUAUGAGAAGCUCGUUUCCUCAUCGGUCGAAGCGAAAGCUCACGUCCAGCUAAAGCAAGACACUUCCCGCUCGGAUUUUGCCCGCUUCCGUCUUUCAAAUAUCCCCGCCAGCCCUAUCACCGAGGUUAAGACUGCGGCAGCCGAGUGGAUGUCAUGCAAAGCCUUUUCUCCCGAGUUGCCAACUAUGAAUCCAAAGUUGGUCACGCAGAAGCACCGAUACACGUACGCCAUAACUGACUGUGGCGAAUCCACCUUCUUCGAUGGAAUAAUCAAAUUCGACAGCGAAACCAUGGAAACGCUUCUGUGGAAUGACCACGCCCAAUCUCCCGGAGAGCCGAUUUUUAUUCCCCGUCCGGAUGGCUUAGAAGAAGACGACGGGGUCCUCCUCAGUGUGGUUCUAGAUGGGUACUCAGGUAAAAGCUAUCUGCUUUGCCUUGAUGCUCAUACAUUGAAAGAACUGGGCAGGGCCCAUGUUAACGGGCCGGUGGGAUUUGGAUUUCAUGGCCAGCAUAUUCCUCUUAAGGGAGCACCAACUGGCGACUACUAG